UCCUUAAGAUCGCCCAGUUAAGUCAUCCACUCUGUGACCUAUGUGAGUCACUUUAUUGAAGGUUAUACCUUAAUAGACUCUUGAUAAUGGGCCGGUAUAUGCUGGUGUGAGAAAUCCAACACAUGUCCAGUAAAAUCCAAAUCUGCUGCGGGUCUGAUGGUGGCACGACGAGGAUAAUUCUCAACACACGAAUAUCCCUCCUGACCCGGACUGAAUAUGUUUAUUGUUCAGUUUAUUCACGGGGGAUGGAGGUUUGGUCAUCCAGCUCGCUUCAGGAUUAUAACCAACCACCCCUGCGCACCGAGGGUAUAAAUACCGAAGGCGCUCCGUCUUCACGCGCAGCCCUGUUACGCACGGAUCAGGCUCUCUGACGAGGAGAUACUCGUGUUAAAGGAGCGAGCUGUAGCAAAGUCAGAGAUACAAGUCUGUAUCCUUUGCUUUACUUUAAAAUCUUUUUGCGGAGAGAAAAAAAAAAAGUAAGACCAUGUCUGUGGUGAGCGCAGUGCCGUUCGUGAGGCCGCUCCACAUGCGCUCUCCGGUGCCGCAGGGUCGCCGCCACACGCUGCCGGCCAGCGAGUUCCGCUCCCUCAGCCCGGAGGAUGCCAUCAGCGUGUUCGAGAUUGAGAGAGAAGCCUUCAUCUCAGUGUCCGGUGAGUGUCCUCUCCACCUGGACGAGGUGCGUCACUUCCUCACCCUGUGUCCUGAGCUGUCUCUUGGCUGGUUCGAGGAGGGACGUCUGGUGGCUUUCAUCAUCGGCUCACUGUGGGACCAGGAGAGGCUUACCAUGGAUGCCCUGACUCUCCAUAAGCCCCACGGGACCACCGUCCACAUCCACGUCCUGGCUGUUCACCGGACCUUCCGCCAGCAGGGCAAAGGCUCCAUCCUGAUGUGGCGCUACCUGCAGUACCUCCGCUGCCUGCCCUACGUCCGCCGCGCCGUGCUCAUGUGUGAAGACUUCCUGGUUCCCUUCUACCAGAAGUCGGGUUUCAAGGCGCAGGGCCCCAGUGAGAUCACGGUGGGGCCCCUCACCUUCGUCGAGAUGGUCUACCCAGUCAGGGGCCACGCCUUCAUGCGUCGUAACAGUGGUUGUUGAGGACAGAGGGACCCCCCAGGAAACAGGAUGAGGGGACGUCUGAGCAGCUUUGUUGUACGCGAGCGACCAGCGCAGCGUUUGGGAUCAUCGCUGUGAGUGAGACUUGUUCAGCAGGCAGUGAGGUUCUGAGUCUGCAGAGAGCUGAAAACAAAGAGCUGCCAUCCAGCUGCCAACAACAUCUGUUUGGUCGGGAACUACAAAUAUAUUGAUCUGUAGUUUAGUGUGUGUAAAGCAUUAAAACUACAUCGUUAGAGCUGAAGGAAUGUAAGCAAUUUGGGUUUUUUUUUGGUAUAAAACGAUUUUGUUUUUAUUUUGAUAAAUUUGUUAUCAUAUUCAGUAGAAUGCAGCUGCCUUGUUUCUUUCUUUGCCCUCUUUUUUAUAUCGAACACGGUUUCUGGCUCUCUAUGAAGCCAAAAAUGACUAUUUUUAGUCAAUAAAACCAGUAUCUGCCCAUUAUUAAUGCAUUCUGUCCUGUACAGUUUUGUAUAAACAGUAUGCCUUUCACAGCAGCAUUAGAAGAUUACUGUUUAUGUUACCGUCGUUGUAUGAUAAUGACAUGAUAAUGAUGAUAAUACAUCUACAAAGUAAUAUGCCAAAGUAAACCUUUAAGGACUAUGUAAUACAAUUACAAAGGGAGGGAUAUCAGCAAUCAAACAUCAGCUAAGUCAAUAUGUUAACUAAUACGUGUCUGUUGUUUUAUAUUAACAUUUGAGUGGUCCUGUCUAUCUCCAUCAGUGACUGUAACAAAAGCCUGUGGCAGCAUUGUGAACAUGUUCUGACAGCCUGUAAGGUGUGAACAGUAUGAGACGUAUUUUAAAGAUCAAAAUAUAGCCUUUCAUAGAAUACAACUGAGAAUAUAUGUGCUUUCCAAAUCUCUCCUUGAUAGUCUCCUCUCGCCUUCUCCCUUUUAGACAAUCACCACCUCUGCCUCCCAAAGUCUUGAAUCAAGACAAAUAUGUUUUGUUUGUUUGUUUUUUUACAACAUUUUGUUGUUAAAAUAAUAAAAUUUCUAUUUUCUAGCA